AUGAUAUCCAUUGGACUGUUAAGCAGGAGCAUCUGUGGUCUCUGGCAAAUGGGCAUGAAGGAUUAUCCGGCUGAGCAAGCUGGUGUGUUUGAGCUCCAGGUGCACUCCUUCACCACGAGCAGCUCCCGAAGCUUGUGCCACGGCAUCCAUCCCUGCCGCCUUUUCUUCCGCGUCUGUCUCAAACACGCCCAAGCCGUGGUGUCUCCGGAACCACCUUGCACCUUCGGGGCGGCCCUGAGUGACAUCGUCCCUGCUGACCGCAGCGCUGUGGCCACCAGCGGGCCCAUCCGUGUCCCUUUCCACUUCAAGUGGCCGGGCACCUUCUCCCUCAUUAUUGAAUCCUGGAGGGCUGAAUCCGGAGAGCCGUCCACGGAGGAUGUCCAGAGGCUGAUCAGCCGCUUGGCGACCCGUCGCCGCUUGGCCGUGGGUGAGGACUGGUCGCAAGAUGUGCAGCUGGGAGACCAGAGCGAGCUGCGUUACUCCUACCACGUCACCUGCGACGAGCACUACUAUGGGGAGAGCUGCUCGGACUACUGCCGGCCACGGGACGAUACCUUUGGCCACUACACCUGUGAUGAACUGGGCAGCCGGACCUGCCUAGCAGGGUGGCGGGGCGAAUACUGCUCCGAGCCGAUUUGCCUGUCCGGCUGCAGCAACAGUCACGGCUACUGCGAGAAGCCCGGAGGCUGCAAGUGCCGCAUCGGCUGGCAAGGGCACUUCUGCGACGAGUGCGUCCGCUACCCGGGCUGCCUCCGUGGCACCUGCGUGCAGCCGUGGCAGUGCAACUGCCAGGAAGGCUGGGGAGGGCUCUUCUGCAACCAGGACCUCAACUACUGCACCAACCACCGCCCGUGCAAGAACGGGGCCACUUGCACCAACACCGGCCAAGGCAGCUACACCUGCAGCUGCCGGCCUGGCUUUGCGGGCACGAGCUGCGAGAUCGAGACCAAUGAAUGCGACAGCAACCCCUGCAAGAACGGAGGCAGCUGCAAUGACUUGGAGAAUGACUACAAAUGCACCUGUCCUCAAGGUUUUUACGGCAAGAACUGUGAAGUCAGUGCCAUGACCUGUGCUGACGGGCCUUGUUUCAAUGGUGGGACGUGCGCUGAAAAACGCAUGGGCGGGUACACUUGCCACUGCCCAACGAGCUACCAUGGUUCCAAUUGUGAGAAAAAGAUUGACCGGUGCAGUAACAACCCCUGUUUGAACAGUGGCCACUGUCUGGAUCUGGGCCGUAGCAUGAUCUGCAAAUGUCGCCCUGGUUUUGCCGGCUCUCGCUGCGAAUUGAAUAUCGAUGAUUGCGCAGGCAACCCGUGUGCCAACGGGGGCACGUGCAUCGACGGCCCCAACAGCUACACGUGUUCCUGUACCCUGGGCUACGGUGGCAAGGACUGCAGUGCCCGUAUGGACGCCUGCGGCUCCAGCCCCUGCCUGAACAGCGGCACCUGCUACACACACUUCUCUGGCCACGUCUGCGAGUGUCCAGCCGGCUACAUGGGCUCCAGCUGUGAGUUCAAAGUCCAGGUCCCCACCCCCGUUAGCAGCCAGCGGGUGGCCGAGGGCCCUUUCCCCGUCGCUCUGGCGGUUUCCUUUGCUCUGGGGCUCAUGACGUUGCUGCUCGCGGCCUGCGCGGCCAUGGCCGUGCUUCGGCAUAUGAGGCAGGGCCACAAGGCCGUCAAAAGCAGCGUCCGCAACGACCUGGCGACCAUCAACAACUUCAAGGAGCGGGACAGCUUCCUCAUUUCCCCGGGGCGCUUUAAGGUGUCCAACAAAGAUGGCAGAUUCCAUGGCGACCAGUUCAAUUGCAAGAGGAAGCUGUUGGAUCAGAGUCGCGAAUCUGUCUGCAAGAAGCUGGAGAAUAAAAGAUCUGAGCCCCUCCGGUCCUCUGCUCCUGCUGGAUAUCCCAAAGAAGGAACCUACCACCCUAUCUACACCAUCCCAGACCAGAUGGAGCAAUGCAUAUAUGCAACUGAGGUCUAAAGAAGAAUCUUCUCCCAAGCCUUGGAAUCUGACAACUGUAUUUCAUUGUAUUUUUCUUCCAAAUUCUCAGCUAAAGGAAUGUUUACAGAGCACACUGAAUGGACUCCUGGAGCAGCUAAUACCUUACCAUUAUUGGG